AUGGAGGCAGCGGGGCGGCGCGGGCGGGCUCGGGGGGCGCUGCUGCCCUCCCUCCUCCUCCUCCUCCUCCUCCUCCUCCUCCUCGCAGCAGAAGAUUGUCUGGCUCAGUGUGAUAAUGACUGCAAGGCUUACUGCUGUGAUGGGACUACUCCCUACUGCUGUUCAUAUUAUGCCUACAUUGGGAAUGUCCUUUCAGGCACAGCGAUAGCCGGGAUCGUUUUUGGCAUAGUCUUUAUAAUGGGAGUGAUCGCCGGGAUUGCCAUCUGUAUCUGCAUGUGCAUGAAGAACAACCGUGGGACUCGAGUCGGGGUCAUCCGCACGACGCACAUCAACGCCAUCAGCACCUACCCAGUGGCUCCACCACCGUACAGCUAUGAAUAUGAAAUGGAGUACCCAGUUGAUUUACCUCCACCAUACACUCCAACUCCACAGACUUCAAUACAGUAUCCCCCACCCCCUCCUUACCCUGGAUAUUCAGGGAAAUAAUUACACGGCUUCACCUGGAUAUUAACUACCUGUUGAAACAGCCAGCACUGUUGGAACAAAUAUUUUUGGCUCAGGGACAAGUAGGAUGGGGUCUGCAUCAACACACCUGAUCAGAUGAUGAAAUAACCAAGGAGGGUUGAUGUGUCUCAGGACAAAGAAAAAUACUGUCCACUCUGGACCAUCACAUUUCAUGAUUAAACGAUGUGUGACCAAAGUUCCUCCAAGUCAGUGCCUAAUGAGUAGCCCUUGAUACCAGUGUUUAGCCUCAGCUGCAGCCUGUUACAACACAUGGGAGCCACGGUCUUCCCAUUUAGGAACAUGUAAAUGUUGCAAAUGGUUCAACAAGGUCUGUUUCAAAUGCACAAGAGACAGCUGCUGGGGCUUAUUCUGGGAGAAAAUUCCAACUGUGGUCUUCAAACAUGUGAUACACCUUUCCGUGAGACAAGGGGAAUAAGGAAGAACAAGGAAGACUGAAGCUAUUUUGAGUUUCUACUUCAGGAUGAUAAUAACUGAUGAUCAGCUGUGCAUAUUGACCUGAUAAGUGUAUUACAAAGAGAAAUGCUGUUGGGAGUUACUCAGUAACCAAAAAAUGAUGGAUGUUAUUUUUGGCCAAGUGCAAGCUGUUUUAAGUGCCUACUUUUAAACAAGUUGAGACUAGUUUGUGGCCUAAAAUGUAAACAUAAAGAGCAUUUUUAUAUGGGAAUUACACUAAUUUAUAGCUGAUUAACUUUUACCUGGACUUAGAUACUGUAUAUAUUGGACAAUGCCACAAUGCCUUUUUUAAGACCAAAUGAUACUUUGAUUUUUUUAAUAAAAAAAUAAUUCAGGAAAACUCACAAGUGGGAGAAGAAAAAUCAAUUAUUAAAACAUCAUAGAUCUGUGUUUCAAUUGGAUUGCGUAAAGACCUUUUUUAAAUUAAAAAAAAAAGUCAUAGUGUUUUCCAGUAGUAAUGAAAUUCAGCCUAAGCAAAGAGAUGAGAAGAGAGACUGUGAGCAUCAGAUUACUUUUGAAUGUUGUCCUGGGCGUUCUAAAACUCUAAGUCACCAAGUAGUAUUUUCUGCAUUUGUCAUGCAUACUGUUCAAAAUUAUUUAAUCUCUACUAUGUAAAGUACAGACCUUCAGGAUUUAAAAUCUUCCAUAUACUUAUUGGCCUAACUGUAAUUCAGCAGCAGCUAUUUCAGAACAGAGUAUCCAGUUACCUAAAGCAUCAUUCAUCCUAAAGCAUCAUCCUUCAAUGACAAGACUGGUUUUAUAUGCAAACCAAAAGGCAAUGGUUCUCUUCAGGGAUUUAGAAGUGUUGAACUCACUUAGUUUGAGUUGGGUAGCUGGGCAGUUGGAAAACUGUGCAGUCAAAAUACUGGAAGGUGACAAAAUACAACACCUGCUUCAAGACAGUUCAGGACAACUGUGGCAUCAAGUUCAUUUCAGAGGAGAAGCUUCAGGUUACCACUGAUUCCUGGAGAUCUGAAGGUAUUUAAAUGUUUUCCAGUAUAGCCCUCAUCUUUUUUUUCAGAUGUUUCAGCGUGUUAAUGAACUGAAAAACAGCUUGCAAAAGGUGGUAUCCAUAUCUCUGUGAAGCCAGAUAACAAACUUUCUCGUCACCCACUAAGUGAGAAAUUUUUGGCAUUCAGUCCUAAUUCAGGGAAGAACUCAAGCAACCUUUUAACUCCAAGUACAAAACUUAUUCAGAAGCUUUCUUGCAUCCAAGACCUUAUUGACUGUUCUUGCUCAGAUUUUGUAAUUGUAUUUAUCCUUUCCAAGACGACUGAACUUACCCUCUUGAAAACCGCACUAGAACCUUAGAUCUGAACCUGACCACUCUAGGUUCAGAUCUGUGCUGUGGCCCUUGGCCAAACUGAGCCUUGAAUCACCGACCUAUUAGCUAUCCACGCAUUUGUAACCCGGUCAGAGGAAAACAGCUGUGUUACAGAUUUUGGUUGCUGUUGGUUGCUUGGAGCCUUCACCAAGGAAGGAAAGUUACACUUCUCAUUUCUGUUUUGCUGUUCUGAGGUGACAAAUCCUAAACUAGGUUAUCUUUACACUUACUUCUCUGGGCUUUGUCCUGUGACAUCUCUGCUGCUAACAUGACCUCUCCUAAGACGGAUGUUCCUCAGUUGAAAUCCUCCUGUGAAUUGUAACCUUCUGGGUUUUGGCACUCCCUUCUCAAAACCAUCUGUAGGGGUGCUGGUGGGCCUGCCAAACUUCCCAUCUGAGCUGGUGGUCAGUGUGAAGAACAAAAUAAGCAUGGUGUUCUGUGUGGGAAGUCCUGCUUCUACAAAGUUCUACGCUACUACCUCAGCACUUUACCCUUGAUUACAUUGGAUGAUAUUUCUGUGCCAAAAAAUUACCUGUAGAUAAUGAGUAUUUGUCAUUUCUCCCAUUUGUGUAUCUCAUGUCUUUGUACUGAGCAUGUGGACACACCAAUCAAUGAGUAGUUUGUAUUUGAUGAAUCCAGUCUCCUGAAA